GAGACCUACAGAGUACCUUUGGUCCAGGAAUGUCAACGCAUAUCUAUAGAAAACUAAAUUUGCAUUGUUUAUCAGCAUUUUGUUUGACUCCCAUACCAGAUACACCCAGUCACUGCUUCGAUCACUCGUUCACUCUACAAAAAUAUGCCAAUCUUCUGCGGUUACACAUACUACCUAUACUUGUUGUCAAGAUAUGUCAACGAGAGCAAUCCUUCUUGAUUUCUGUUCUGUUGCUAGUUGAUAAGUAAACAUACUUCGUGGACGAGUUUUGAUAUGCCUCUAAACUUCACAAUUGGCCAGUGAUGAUAUCAUAAGUGGAGUGACGACGAGCCACCGAAAAACUCCUGAACGCAACCCAGACUUCAGUGCAAGAGCUAGACAUAUUCAAAUCAAUAUCCACAGUUCUACUGCCGUGCUGAAGAUCAACUUUUUCUCCCAUAUAAUACCCGUAAAUAAAGACACUAUGCCAUCUGGAUUCUUCGGAGGCCUUGGAGAUGCGCUCGACAAAACCGUGAGCGGAGUGGGUAGCACCGUGGGCAGUACCGUGUCCGGCGUGGGAAAGACGGUUGGCGGAGCGACCCAGGGCCUGGGACAGACUGUGAGCGGUGCGUCCGAGGGACUGGGUAAUACGGCCAAGGGAGUGAGCAAGUCAACAGGAAGUGCUUUCGGAAGUAUUGGGAAGAGCGAGAACAGGGAUUCUUCCUCGAAGAGUUAACUUUCUUUGCGCUAUGAUUUUCUGCGUUGAUCGACUUGAGAGAUAGCUGUUAGUUUGAAGUUGGGAUAUUUAUGAUGCGUCGGAAUCGGAAUGAAUCAGGAUGACAUCUGGAAUUCCAAUUUAAUGGAGAUUUCCGCUGGUUCCAUUGUCUAUGAGAUAGAAAUCGUGUGCAAGUCGUGCUUAUAGAGAAUUCCUACAGCGUAUUCAGAGUACCGUGAUCAUCAUCACUUUGAUUGACCUCCUGCGGAAGACACUGGAAUGAGUAGUGGAC